GUUCCCGCUCGAGCGAAACUUUUCGUUCCGGUUUCGCUCUUCGCAGCAAAACUUUUAUAGUGAAAAAAAUUUUGUGCACUGAAAAAUUGUCCUAUUUGACUCAUACUGAUUCAGCGGAGUAUAAUUACAGGGUGGAUAUUUUCAAAAUCCGUUUAUAUAUGGCCCAGAUUCGAUUUGCUGAAUACUAUAUUUGAUUAUAAUUAAAUAAGAAUAUCAUCAUGCUUAGUAGUAACUUAAAACAAACUGGUGGUCGUCAAUCAUCUAAGAUGAUUAACAUGAUUAAAAGGAAUACUUAUAAUCAAAUAAGAACUAUUACCAAAACAAACUUACAAAAUGCUACCAUGACUUCUACAUCAAGGCCAACCCCAGCCCCUGCCUUUAAUGGAACUCCAGAGAUUGGUAAAAAACAUCCUGCUGGAAGAUAUUCAGCUAUAACCAAUAAACCAGUUGAACAAGUAAUGGAUGAUUCAUUUAUUGGUCUUACUGGUGGAGAAAUUUUUCAUGAAAUGAUGUUAAGACAUAAUGUUGAUACUGUUUUUGGUUAUGCUGGUGGUGCUAUCUUACCAGUUUUUGAUGCCAUUUAUAAUUCAGAUAAGUUCAACUUUGUUCUUCCUCGUCAUGAACAAGGUGCUGGUCAUAUGGCUGAAGGUUAUGCAAAGGCUACUGGUAAACCAGGGGUUAUUCUUGUUACUUCUGGUCCAGGUGCUACCAAUGUUAUAACUCCUUUAGCUGAUGCUCUUAUGGAUGGUGUACCUUUGGUUGCAUUUUCUGGUCAAGUUCCAACUACUGCCAUUGGUACUGAUGCAUUCCAAGAAGCUGAUGUUAUUGGUAUUUCAAGAUCUUGUACUAAAUGGAACGUUAUGGUAAAAAAUGUUGCUGAAUUACCAAGAAGAAUAAAUGAAGCCUUUGAAAUUGCCACUUCUGGUAGACCAGGUCCAGUUUUGGUUGAUUUACCAAAAGAUGUAACUGCUUCAAUUUUAAGACAUGCUAUUCCAAUAAAUACGACUUUACCUUCAAAUGCUCUUAGUCAAAUCACUAAAAAGGCACAUACUGCUUUUACUACUGAAGCUAUCAGAAGAUCUGCUGAUUUGUUGAACAAAUCAAAGAAACCUAUUAUUUACGCUGGUGCUGGUAUUUUAAAUAAUGAAGAUGGUCCAAAAUUAUUAAAGGAAUUAGCUGAUAAAGCAAAUAUCCCUGUCACAACAACUUUACAAGGUUUAGGAGCUUUUGAUCAAAGAGAUCCAAAAUCUUUAGAUAUGUUGGGUAUGCAUGGUAAUGCUGCUGCCAAUACUGCCAUCCAAAAUUCCGAUUGUAUUAUCGCUCUUGGAGCUAGAUUUGAUGAUAGAGUCACUCUUAAUAUUAAUAAAUUUGCUCCAGUUGCAAAAUUGGCUGCUCUUGAAGGCCGCGGUGGUAUCAUUCAUUUUGAAAUUAGUCCAAAGAAUAUAAAUAAAGUUGUAGAAGCUACUGAAGCUGUUGAAGGUGAUGUUACUUCGAAUUUAAAGAGUUUUAUUCCAUUAGUUCAUACUGUUAAGGAUAGAUCUGCUUGGAUUAACCAAAUCAAUGAAUGGAAAGAACAAUAUCCAUACUCAUAUCAAGAAGAAACUCCAGGUUCUUUAAUUAAACCUCAAACUUUAAUUAGAGAAAUUUCCAAACAAGCUUCUACUUAUGAUAAAGAAGUUCUUUAUACUACUGGUGUUGGACAACAUCAAAUGUGGGCUGCUCAACAUAUUACUUGGACCAAACCAAGAACAAUGAUCACAUCAGGUGGUUUAGGUACUAUGGGUUUUGGUUUACCUGCUGCUAUUGGUGCUCAAAUUGCUAAACCAGAUGCAAUUGUUAUUGAUAUUGAUGGUGAUGCCUCAUUCAAUAUGACUCUUACUGAAUUAUCAUCUGCUGUCCAAGCUAAUGCUCCUGUUAAAGUUUGUGUUUUAAAUAAUGAAGAACAAGGUAUGGUAACUCAAUGGCAAUCACUUUUCUACGAACACAGAUACUCUCAUACACAUCAAUCCAAUCCUGAUUUCAUGAAAUUAGCCGAUGCUAUGGGUGUUGAAGGUAUUAGAAUUAGUACUCAAGAAGAAUUGGUUGACGGUGUCAAGAAAUUCUUAGAUGCUAAGGGUCCUGUUUUAUUGGAAGUCAUUGUUGAAAAGAAAGUUCCUGUUUUGCCAAUGGUUCCAGCUGGUAAAGGUUUGGAUGAAUUUAUUGUAUGGGAUGCUGAAGUGGAAAGACAACAAAAUGAAUUAAGAAAAGAAAGAACUGGUGGAAAACAUUAAAGAAAGUAUAUUGUUAAUAUUAACUAUAUGAUCUUUUAAAUACAUUACUCAUGACAAUUAUUUAUUUAUGUAUUUCUUUAUUUAUUUUUCAUUCACUCAUUCAUUCAUUCAUUCAUUCAUUUUUAUUCGCAUAUCAUACUUCUGUGAAAGCGUUUAGUCAUGAAAGUUUUUCAUUAUUGUUUUGCAUUAGCUUUGGUUUAUCACUAAAUCUUUGAAUUUUGUUUAAUUCUCAGUCCAACGUUUGCGGUAUUCAAAAAGGUUAAAAGAAAAGAGAGAACUCAAAAGGGUAACAGUAGCACAAGAACUCUCAGGGCAUAGAAAGUUGACUUGUUUUCCGGUUAUUCAAUAUUUGUAAAUGUUUGUUUUAUAUUAUUAGUUAUUAGUUUAUUUUUGUUAAACGGCUCUUAGUUUGUAUUCAAUUUUAACUGGACAUUCUUGUCUCUGAAAAAAUAUAUCAUUAUUAAAUCAAAU